GGAGAGCUCCUACUGUCCUUCCCAAUGUCCAGGAUAGCCAGAGGCAGAAAUUGGGGCUCUCACAGAUUUACAACUGGUCUCUGCACAGAAUAAACAGCACCAUGGUCGAUUACUACCAAGCACUGGGCAUCCCACAAAUCGCCUCUUCAGAUGACAUUAAAAAAGCGUACAGAAAAAAUGCACUGAAGUGGCACCCAGAUAAAAACCCGGGGAAUAAGGAAUAUGCUGAGAAGAGGUUCAAGGAGAUAGCAGAAGCAUACGAAGUGCUGUCAGACAAUUAUAAACGUGAUCUGUAUGACCUCUAUGGCAUCGAAGGACUUAUAGACGCAAGUACAGGAACUGAUCAUUAUCAGAGCACAGGGGGGACUCCUGACUUCACAUUCACCUUUCGUGAUGCAGACGAGGUCUUCAAGGAAGUCUUUGGAGAACAAGGUCCUUCCACAGAGUUCUUUGAUGAUUUUUCUCCAAUUAUAGAUCAGGAUGACAGCAUGUCUCAGUUGGUCAUGCCCGGAGAUGUCACCUACUCUUAUUGUUCCUAUACUUCCCCGGGACAGACAGACUUCUACACUACCUUUGGACCUGGUGCUGAAAUGGGAAUUGGCUUCCAUUCUGUCUCUACAACUACCAAGUACAUCAAUGGCAAGCGGAUAACUACCAGGAGAAUUCUCGAGAAUGGUCAGGAGACAGUGGAGAUUGAUGAGGAUGGGGAGCUCAAAGUCGCUGAAAUGCAUGACCUUGGCAACAACAUGAAGGCCAGAGUGGAACGGAUCAGCCUGGAGCAGCCGGAGGUCCUGAGCUCUGCCACUGACAUCCUAGCUCCACAACGCUCACAGAGUAUUGAGUCUGUUAUUGCCCACCCCGAGGAGGUUGACAGGGACCUGCAUAGGGCCAUGGCCUACAGUCUGCCUGAGAGGGAGAAUGUGGGGCAGCAUCUAGUUAACUCCCAUAACCCAAAGAAGAGACGAGGCAGCACUCGGCGGGCACACAAAAGAAUACUGGGACCCAAUGAGGAAGUAGGUGGUCGUUUGGUCUCUCACACCAUGGCCAUCAGAGCUAAAAGUCCAGGUGGAGGAGACAACAAAAAGGAGACAGAGGACAAGAUGGUUGAAGGACCAAAGUCAGGAGGCAACACAGAAGCACUGAGGAGUCAGCUUGUGUGUCAGGAGAAUGACUCUGCUCCUAGAGACAUCCAGUAUGUCAUUCCUGAGAUAGUUCCUACACGCAGAGAUAGGGAAUCUGUCAUGUGUGUCAUUCUCUGAGCCCCAAAAUGCAACACAAGAACAAUGAGUGUCCAAUAAAGGUCACAGCCUGGC